AUGACUUCUAACGCACAGCUGAAAAGGAAGCGGUUGCAGAAGCUUGAUCCAAGGGCUUAUAUCGGCUACCUUGUUGGCUAUAAUUCGACGAAUAUCUUCCGGAUUUGGAUUCCCCACCUUAAGAAGGUCAUUUCAACACGAGACGUAAUUUUCGACGAGUUAACAUAUUUCGACGGCAAGUUCGAGCAACCCACGCUGCUAGCUAGCAUCAACGAGCUGGUUCAGAGGGUGGAAAUCCCCGAGGAUCAGAGAGCCAAUCAGGAAAUCCUUGAUGAAGAAAGUGAAGAGGAGGAAUUUGACGAUUUUGAAGAAGAGGAAGAGGAAACGGAAAACGACGACGAAGAGGCCGAGAAGCUACAACAAGAAGAAGCUUCCCUCAUGACCCCACCGGCAACAGACGACGAGCUAGACUCUAUUUUUUCAGUCUUGCUUCCUGUCUCUAACCCUGAGGGGGUGUGGAAGAAAAGAGACCCCUUGAGGCCAUCAAAAAAGAGGGUUUCCUUUAUUCUACCAAACGUCGAUUUCACGAUUUCACGACCUAACGAUUCAACGCCCCUCAUUUCACCUAAUCUAACACUAGAACAGCCCGAUCUGAUGCCUCUAACCAAGGAGUCUUUAUAUGUCACAGGGAUAAGCCAGGAAGACCGAUUUCCGGAUCGAUUUCACGACUUUCACUCAACGCCUAUAAAAAACGGUAUUCACGGAGCCUUUACAGCAGGCAGGCUAUUCAAGCCGAAGACAACAAAAAGGACGCAUAAGAAGGACCUUCCCGACCCUCCAGAGACCCAAAAGCAGCUACAUCGGCACCCCUUCAAGGAGGAAUUCAUUAAAGCCCAGAAAGACCACUUACAGUCACACGAAGAGAUGGGGUCCUUUCUAGAGGUUCCUUGGAAAAGGGCUGCCGGCAAGCAAGUUCUAGGCUGCAUGUGGGUCUUCAUCUAUAAGACCGACAAACACGGGUUCCUUCAGAAGUGCAAAGCCCGCCUCGUGGUAUGCGGCAACCAACAGAAAAAGGGAGACCUACCGACCAGGGCCACAACGUUAGCAGGAAUGUCUUUCCGAGCUCUGAUGGCUAUAGCAGCCGAAUACGACCUCGAAUUAGAUCAAAUGGAUGCAGUCAACGCCUUCGUUAACUGCCCUCUCGACGAAGAUUCAGCAAGCCAGGAAGGAUCCUACUACUUAGGAAAGCUCUUUAUGGACUACGACGGUCGCCUCUUCUUUGGCAACAGCACCUUACGGGUUCACUAG